GAAUUCUUUUGAUGGUUCAGGAGAUUUAGGGUAUUUUCCAUGAUAUUAUUGGUGAAUGAAAUUCUCUUCAGUAUGACAGUAUCGGGACCUGUCCUGACACAUUUAGAGAACAUUUGAUCUUCAGAAACUAUAAUGGAUCCUAUCAUUAGACCUCUAAGGGAUUUAGACUCUGAGACAUUACAGAAGAUGAUGCCAGACGUUCCAUUAUGGGUCAAGUGUCCAGACUAUGAAAGGGUUGACUGGAUGAACAAGUUUAUUUUUGAUAUGUGGCCUUUCCUGGACAAGGCAAUAUGCAAAAUAAUCAGAAGUGUAGCAAAGCCAAUAUGUGAUCAAUAUGUUGGGAAAUAUGGUAUAGAAUCAAUUGAAUUUGGAAACUUAACACUUGGCACUCUUCCACCUACACUUCAAGGAAUUAAAGUUUAUGAAAUGCGAGAAAAAGAGCUGGUAAUUGAACCUGUGAUUCGGUGGGCUAGCAUAGCAAAUGUCACAGUAAAUGUGAAGGUGCAUUCAUUUGAAUUGUCUGCCCAGCUUUUAGAUUUGCAUACAAUCCUGACACCACGUGUGACUCUGAAGCCACUUGUGCCAAGCUUUCCCUGCUUUUCGAACUUGUGUGUUUCACUGGUGGAGAAGCCGCAUGUUGACUUUGGGUUCAAACUGCUGGGUGGAGAUGUCAUGGCGAUUCCUGGCUUGUAUCGGUUUGUCCAGGAUCAAAUAGCAAAGCAAAUUGCAAUUCUCUAUCAUUGGCCUAAGGUGAUAGAAAUUCCUAUUUUAGAUGGAGCAAGUGGUGCUACAAAGAAACCAGUUGGGAUAUUGCAGGUGAAGGUAAUUCGUGCCAUGAAUCUCCCCAAGAUGGACUUGCUUGGAAAAUCUGAUCCCUAUGUCAAACUCCGGCUGAGUGGAGAAAGACUGCCCUCAAAGAAAACCUCUGUUAAGAUGAGCAACCUGAAUCCUGAAUGGAACGAACAUUUCAGGCUUGUUGUCAAGGAUCCCGAAACGCAAGUCCUUGAGCUCCAGAUGUUCGAUUGGGAAAAGCUCAAGAUGCAUGAUAAAAUGGGCGUGCAAGUAAUUCCCCUCCGCUCGCUUACUCCUUAUGAGAGCAAGUUGUUCACACUAGACCUUCUCAGAAGCAUGAAUCCAAAUGAUCAGCAGAACAAGAAGAAUAGAGGAAAGCUAGUCGUGGAAUUGACAUUUGAUCCUUUUAGAGAUGACAACAGCAUGAGUGCUGUGAACUCAGAUGGUGAAGGCAAUAUCAGUAUAAAAAGGGAUGUCCCACCUGGUGGUGGGGUGCUGUUAGUUUCAGUAGAAAAUGCAGAAGAUGUUGAAGGGAAGCGUCACACUAAUCCAUAUGCCGUGGUUCUUUUUAGGGGAGAAAAGAAGGAAACUAAGGUGAUCAGGAAGGCGAGGGAUCCGAGAUGGAAUGAGGAGUUCCAGUUUGUGAUGGACGAGGCCCCUGUGGACGAAAAGAUUCACAUCCAAGUCCGGAGUAGACGCCGGGGGCUGCUCCCCUUCCACAACAAGGAGUCGCUGGGGCACGUGAACAUCAACCUUGUGGAUGUGGUGAACAACGGGCGGAUCAACGAGAAGUACCACCUCAUCAACUCCAGGAACGGGAAGUUACACGUUGAGAUCAAGUGGAACACCGUGUGA